AUGGGUAAAGGUGCUGCUUUUGACGUUGAUAAAGUCCUUGAUCAAUUAACCACUACUGAAAAGAUUGGUCUUACCGCUGGGAUUGAUUUCUGGCAUACUUAUCCAGUUGAAAGACUAGGUGUUCCAAGUAUAAGAACAAGUGAUGGUCCUAAUGGUGUUAGAGGUACUAAAUUCUUCAAUGGUGUUCCAAGUGCUGUUUUCCCAAAUGGUACUGGGUUAGCUUCAACUUUUGAUAAAGAUUUAUUUAGAGAAGCUGGUCAAUUAAUGGCUGAAGAAGCUAAACAUAAAGGUGCUCAUGUCAUUUUAGGUCCAACUACAAAUAUGCAAAGAGGUCCAAAUGGUGGUCGUGGGUUUGAAUCAUUCUCUGAAGAUCCUUAUUUAGCUGGUAUUGCCUCAGCGGGUGUUGUUGGUGGUAUUCAAGAUGGUCAUAUCGCUGCUACAAUUAAACAUUAUGUUGGUAAUGACUUGGAACAUGAACGUAAUAGUUCAGAUUCUAUCAUCACUCAAAGAGCUUUAAGAGAAAUUUAUUUGGAACCUUUCAGAUUAGCUGUUAAAUAUUCUCAACCAAAAGCUUUUAUGACUGGUUAUAACAAAAUUAAUGGUGAACAUGUUUCUCAAUCAAAAUUCUUAAUUGAUGAUGUUUUACGUAAAGAAUGGGGUUGGGAAGGUUUAGUUAUGUCUGAUUGGUAUGGUACUUAUACUUCUAAGGAUUCAUUAAAUAAUGGUUUAGAUCUUGAAAUGCCAGGUCCUGCAAGAUUAAGAACUAGUGACGCUGUUGGUCAACAAAUUACAUCUAAAGAAGUUCAUAUUAAUGCCUUAAAUGAUAGAGUUAGAAAUGUUUUGGAAUUGGUUAAAUAUGCUUUAGAUGGUGAAGCUGCUGAAUUUACUGGUGAAGAUACUAAAAAUAAUACUGAAAAAACUGCUGAAUUAUUAAGAAAAAUCGCAGCUGAUGCAAUUGUUCUUUUAAAAAAUGAAGAUGAUAUUUUACCAUUGAAAAAGGAAGAAAAAAUUGCAGUUUUUGGUCCAAAUGCUAAAUAUGGUGCAUAUGCUGGUGGUGGUUCUGCUUCAUUAAGACCAUAUUAUAUUGUUACUCCUUAUGAAGGUGUUACCAAAAAACUUGGUUAUGAACCUCCUUUCACCGUUGGUGCUUAUGCACAUGAUAAUUUACCAGGUUUAGCUCAACAAACCAUUAAUCCAGAUACUGGUAAACCAGGUCUUAAAAUGUCAUUUUAUCAUCAACCAAGAGGUACUGAAGGUAGAGAAAAAUUUGAUGAAUUAGAAAUUGAAACUUCUUAUCAUAUUUUAUUUGAUUAUAAAAAUGAAAAGAUUAGAAAUAAUUUAUUUUAUGCUGAUUUUGAAGGUGAAUUUACUGCUGAUGAUACUGCUGAAUAUGAAUUUGGUGUUACAGUUUUAGGUACUGCUCAAAUCUUUAUUGAUGAUAAAUUAAUUGUUGAUAAUAAAGAUAAACAAAUUCAAGGUAGAGCUUUCUUUAAUACUGGUACUGUGGAAGUUACUGGUAAAGUUCAAUUAGAAAAGGGUAAAAAAUAUAAUGUUCGUGUUGAAUUUGGUUCAGGUUCUACUCGUACUUAUGAACAAAAAUCAGGUGUUGAUUUUGUUGGUAAUGGUGCUAUUCAAUUUGGUGUUGCUAAAGUUAUUGAUGCACAAGAAGAAAUUAAAAAAGCUGCAUCAAUUGCUAAAGCUGCAGAUAAAGCUGUUAUUUUCAUUGGUUUAAACGGUGAAUGGGAAUCAGAAGGUUAUGAUCGUCCAGAUUUAGCCUUACCAGGUCAUACUAAUGAUUUAGUUGAAGCUAUUAUUGCAGCAAAUCCAAAUACUAUUGUUGUUAAUCAAUCAGGUACACCAGUUGAAUUCCCAUGGUUACAAAAAGUUAAAGGUUUAAUUCAUGCUUGGUUUGGUGGUAAUGAAUUAGGUAAUGGUAUUGCUGAUGUUUUAUUUGGUGAUGUUAAUCCAAGUGGUAAAUUAUCAUUAUCAUUCCCAUUAAAAUUUGAAGAUAAUCCAGCAUUUUUAAAUUUCCAUACUGAAAGAGGUAGAGUUUUAUAUGGUGAAGAUAUUUUUGUUGGUUAUAGAUUUUAUGAAAAAUUACAAAGAAAAGUUGCAUUCCCAUUUGGUUAUGGUUUAUCUUAUACAUCUUUUGAAUUUUCUAAUUUGAAAUCUUCUGUUGAUGAAUCAAAUGAUAAAUUGAAAUUUUCAGUUGAUGUUAAAAACACUGGUAAAUUAAAAGGUAAAGAAGUUGUUCAAUUUUAUAUUAAAAAAGUUGAAAGUGAUGUUAUUAGACCAAUUAAAGAAUUGAAAGGUUUUGAAAAAAUUGAACUUGAAGCUGGUAAACAAUCAACUGUUUCCACUGAAAUUUCAUUAAAAGAUUCCAUUUCAUUCUUUGAUGAAUAUCAAAAUAAAUGGUCUGCACAAGCUGGUGAAUAUGAAGUUCAUGUUGGAUCUAGUAGUGAUGAUAUUGAAUUGAUUGAAAAAUUCAAUGUUGAAAAAUCUCAUUUCUGGACUGGUAUCUAG